CACUUUCAUUACUCGGACCAAAAUAAGACAGCAGCUCAGGUCCAGCAGUGAUUGGUGAGUUGGUGGGGCACUCCUCAGCAAGAUGGCUGCAUUGCUGCGCGCAAUAGUGGCAUCCUGGUGAAAUGACGCAAGCCACAGUUUACGUUCAGUCCUCGAGGCUCUGAGCUCUCCGGUCUCCAUAGCGCAGAUCCCGCCCGACUCACAGCCGGAAGACCGACCGGCUAUCCCCCAGUGGACCGAGCGGAACCGGUUCAUCUGAGUGAGCGUGCGAUGAGGAGAGGUUUCAGAGUGUGAGGCCAUGGGCUGCACCUCGGCCAAGCAGGUGUCGGCCGUGCCCAACGAUGAGGAGGGACGCGGCAAGGCCUACAGCAACGGAGACCUCUUCACCGAUGAAUACAAGAUGAAGGGAGUGGAGGAGGUGAAGUACAUGAGAGGGGAUGAAAACCGGGUGAAUGCACGCAACCAGGAGAACCUGGAGAAGAGUAAUGUGCAGUACAGGGGCAAACAGCAGAAAGAGAUCUCUUCAGCAAACAUCAAGUCUAAUAUUCACACGUCAGAGAGCCAGCAGGAAUUUUUCAGAAUGCUGGAUGAGAAGAUUGAGAAGGGGCGAGACUACUGUUCGGAGGAGGAGAUGGGGGAAGACGGGACAUAGCACAGAGGCCCCCAAGUGUGUGUGUGUGUGUGUGUGUGUGUGUGUGUGUGUGUGUGUGUGUGUGUGUGUGUGUGUGUGUGUGUGUGUGUGUGUGUGUGUGUGUGUGUGUGUGUGUGUGUGUGUGUGUGUGUGUGUGUGUAAUCAGUGUUUCACCAAUGGGGUGGGGGGGGGGUUGAUGUGAAGGGACACUGUAUGUGUUGGUAUGAGCAUGCAUGGGUUUUUGAAUGUAUGGCAAAGAUAGUAUUUUAAUCGAAAGUGGAAGAGUGGGGGAUAAAUGUGAGACAGACAGAGAGAGAGAGAGAAUGGGAUGAAGAAGACUUUCUUCAGUGACUACAGCCGUCCUCUCUUAGCACCUCAUCUCUUCAGGCCCCUGAGCGAACAGAUGGAGGUGGCGGAGCAAUGAAGGGACAGACAGAUGAAAGGAGGGAGAAAUGGAGGAGGACGUGACGAAAAGGACACAGUCUGGCCAAACAGUCAUUUCUUCAAGCAGGACAGCAGCAGCUCCUCAUCCCUCCAUCUGUCCCUCAGUAUCUGUCCGUCUGUACCUCCCGUAGUCCAAUCCUGAAUAUUUAAGCCCUGCAAAUGGACAAAGGAAGUGAGGACAAAUGUCUUUGGUGUGUGAAGGACUGAGACACACAAAUGAAGAAAGAGGAAGCCCUGAGAAGAGAAUAUGUUUAAAAGCAGAGGAGUUGCGUAACAACACCAGGAUCCACACAGAACUUUUUUGGCCUGCCUACCUACAGCCAGGCCAGCCUGGGCCAUGACGGACUAAGAGAAUGGGUGAGCGCGGGGGAGGGGAGAGAGAGUGUAAAAUUUGUGAUAUUUUAAUAAGAGAGAGUAGGGAGCGAGCCGGUGAUUUAGAAACUCAAAACUCCUCCCGCCUUCUGAAGUCAAGGACCUUUUUUUUUUUUUUUAUCGUUGUGUUCCACGUCCACUUGUUUAGUUAUUUUUUUCCCCUUUCCGAUUUUAUUUUUUUUUUUUAGAUAUACUCUUGGCUUCCUUCGUAGUGCAUCAGCAUCAUCAUUUCCCUUAUCAUCCUUGUCACCACAGCAGGCACACUAAAGCUGUGUUAAUUCAGAGCAUCUUUGUCUUAACCCAAUCCAUCCUCCUUGAUAUACCAUAACACUGCAGAUCUUAGCUCACACACACACACACACACACACACACACACACACACACACACACCAUGGAGUAUUUUAUUGUACAUAUUGUAGCACACUCCCAUUCCAACACGCAGCAUUUACAUAUAAACCACACACACAGAUUCCCCUUGCAUUUCACCAGCAGACUGUCGUGUGCAUCAAUCAGCGGUGUUCUGUAAAGCUUUGUUUCUGCUUUGAUUCACUCUGGCUCUGAAGCAGAAAUCUGGGCUGAGCUCAUGUAGAGGAUGCGUGAAUGCUGUGUAGACACAAACUGGAUCACAUUUUCUGUUGUCAUCUUUACCGGAUACUUCCUGUUGUAUUAUUUUGAAUACUUUUUUUCUAUUAAAAAUAAAAACAAAGAAGCGCUUAA